UGAAAGAUGAGUGUCGUGGCCUCUUCCAGCCAGCUGUGAGGGGACUGCCCUGUGACUGUGAGAGCAUGCUGGAACAGAGCAGCCAGGGCACUGAGGUGAGAGCUCGAAGCAGAGGUGAGCGAGGCAGACACAAACUUAGAAGGCCCACAGAACACCAAGUGGGAGGAUCUCAUUCCACUCCCCUGUGCACAGUCUUAGUAUUCAUCAGACCUUGAGGUGCUCAUAUUCAGACAAGGCUAAGAAGGCGUGUGAUGGUUCUGCUUUAAUACUUGUACAGACAGGAGUGAGCUUCAACUAGAUAGCUGGAGUACUCCAAGGGGGAAUGAGGAGCUGCCCUGGAUGUUGCACAGAAACCUCUAAAAACAGAUAAAUGAGUGCAUUCCAAGGAAUGAAAUUCAGCUGUUUGUGGGGAAGGAACCAAAGCGCAAAAUGAAUGAGACCAUAAGGUGCACCUUGGUAAAUUGCAUCUGCCUUGGUUUUAAACCUGGCAAAAUAAACCAUCGUCAGUGUGAGCAGUGCAGGCACGGAUGGGUUGCACACGCACUUAGCAAAUUACGGAUCCCACACUUCUAUCCUGCCAGCCAAGUAGAAAUAGUUCAAUCCAGCGUAGUCUUUGAUAUCAGCAGCCUCAUGCUCUAUGGGACACAAGCCAUUCCAAUUCGUCUGAAGAUUUUGCUAGAUCGUCUCUUCAGUGUCAUUAAGCAAGAAGAGGUCUUACAGAUUCUGCAUUCCCUUGACUGGACCCUCCAGGAUUAUAUCCGUGGUUAUGUACUACAGGAUGCCUCUGGAAAAGUCCUGGAUCACUGGUCUAUUAUGACCGUUGAAGAAGAACUAGCUACUCUGCAGCAGUUUCUACGUUUUGGUGAAACAAAAUCUAUUGUGGAACUCAUGGCAAUCCAGGAAAAAGAAGGUUAUUCUGUACUUGUGCCCAGUGCUAGAACCAAUUCUGACAUUCGAACAUUUAUCGAAAGCAGCAACCCAAGGAGCAGUCCUAUUUUACCUUCCUCAUUGGAGAAGGCAUCACCUUCGGCCAUUCAUCCCUUUGAGAACAUGAUAAAUAACAUGGCUUUCAUGUUGCCAUUUCAGUUUUUCAGUCCUGUUCCUCCUCCACUCAUAGGAUCACCACCAGAAAGAUCAAUGCCUGAAAGGAACCAUGACAGAACAAAAGAUUGCAAAAAUGAUUCCCAAAUCUCCUUCUUGGACAGCAGCUUCUUAACAUCUAGUUCUGCAACAUUUCAUUUGGAAAAUGACUCCAACAUGAGUACUCAAGAUGGUGCCCCCAAAAUAGAAGAUGAUAGCCCCUUAAGCGAUGCUAGCUCCCACAACAAUACAAGCAACUAUGAUAUUUCUUCAGUGUCUCCUGAGGGUAAAAAUAAACCCACAGAAAGAAAUAUUAAUGGGCCUAGGAAGGGUCGUGUUUUUUGCACUGCUUGUGAAAAGACCUUUUAUGACAAAGGAACACUAAAGAUUCAUUACAACGCUGUCCAUCUAAAGAUAAAACACCGGUGUACGAUUGAGGGAUGUAAUAUGGUCUUCAGCUCCCUGAGAAGUCGAAACCGUCAUAGUUCAAAUCCCAACCCAAGGCUGCAUAUGCCAAUGAACAGAAAUAACAGAGACAAGGAUCUAAGGAAUGGACUAAUUAUAUCUGUGUCUGAAGAUUCUAAAAGACUUGCAUCUAAAUCCUGUAACUUAGACAGCAGACCGGGUAAUAACUAUGUCAGUACUACUUCUGAUACUAAAUUGCAGUCUGGUCUCCCUAAUGUUGGACAGUCAUGUGUGCUUUUCCCCAAUCUGAAAACUGUCCAACCGGUGCUGCCCUUCUAUCGAAGUCCUGCGACACCUGCAGAACUUGCCAAUACUCCUGGAAUGCUACCCUCUCUUCCUGUUAUUUCCUCCUCCAUCUCUGAGAAAAUCCUUUCCGGUGACUUUCUCUCAGAUAUGAUGCCCAAAAAGAAGUCUCGGAAAUCCAGUAUGCCCAUUAAAAUCCAGAAAGAGUCCAUUGAUAAACCACAAGGAAACUUGGAGGAACCUAGUUCUGAAGAGGACAACCCUAUACAUGAAAUGAGUGAUGAGACCUUUGAAAAUUGUGAUAAAAAUCAAGACCAAAAGAUUUCUGGGGGGAUACAGAGGGACAACAUGUCUUUGGAUUCGUAUAAGUUAAAUGACUCUGAGGAUCUGCAUUAUCAGUCUGUCAUGGAUAAUAGCUACAACAGUGAGUCUUCUGAUUCUGAGAAUGAGUUUCAACCCUCGGAAAAAGAAAACAAUCAUAUUCAAGAUUAUCCUUUAAAUAUGAAUUCGAGUGAACACAAAAUCAAGCACUCAAACCACUUUAAUGUUGCAAAGCAGUUGGCUGAACCCAACCUGUUCAAUAAAGAGCAACCAAAACAUACAGAUUCAGAAGGUGGUGGUGGUGGUGGUGAAUUCCAAAAUUACUCUAUGAGCAUGGGACUAUACAGUUCAAUUCCUAACAAGACUUCUGACAUUGAUUCUGGAGAACAGCACUUGCAAAUACCUAAAGAUGAAAAACGCUUCCACUGUGAAAUAUGCAAAAAGGCCUUUAAAAAUCCUUAUAGUGUAAAAAUGCAUUACAAAAAUGUUCACCCAAAGGAGAUGCAUUUAUGUACGAUAGAGGGCUGCCAUGCUGCUUUCCCAUCUCGGAGGAGCAGAGACAGGCACAGUUCAAAUUUAAACCUUCAUCAGAAGCUGUUGACUAAAGAAGCACAUGAGCUACAAAGCAUCCCAUACAAUAUACCCUAUCUUCUAAAGGACACUAAGGAUUGUUAUCAGGACCCUCCAGUGAAAAAUCCUGGACAGACGUCUGUGAUCUUCAAAGGAAUGAACAGAACAGGGAGCCUGGUUUAUCCCAUGAGUAAGAUCAGAGAGCCUUGUUUGGACAGCUUUGGGACAGAGCCUGUGAAUGACAAUGUUGUGUUGGAUUUAAGCACUACUUCCAGCAUUAAGUCCGGCAGCAGUUCCCAUUCCUCCUGGGACUCCGAUGGAGGUAGUGAAGAAGGUAACAUACCAGUGGAAGAUAGUGAUGAAAGCUGUGAAGGAUUAAGCUUCAUUACACAGGAAGAGCUCUACCAGAAUUUUAACUUGACUGAUAGAGUUCACCAGAGUUUCUCAAGCAUACCAUCUGGUAUGCCAAUAACUUGCCAUAUCUGCCAAAAAACAUAUAGCAACAAAGGGACAUUUAGAGCUCAUUAUAAAACUGUCCAUUUGCGGCAACUGCAUAAAUGUAAAGUAGAAGGAUGCAACACCAUGUUUUCAUCUGUGCGCAGUCGAAACCGGCAUAGCCAAAACCCAAACUUGCACAGACGCUUAUCUGAAUCCCCAAACAACUUGCCAUAAAAAACCAUGGGGGUUAACAAAAGAUUCUACAAAUUCACUUGUUAUUUGUGUUCCUUUGUUUUGUUGUUCUAGUAACUGUUUAGCCCCUUGAAUUGCCACAGAUGUAUAGUUUUGCUAUGAGGUCAAAGUAUUUUUACUAACCAAACCACCUCCCUAAUUCACACAUAAUGAAUAUUUCUCUACUGUAGCAGAAAAGUAAUGUUAUUUGUUCCAGAGGUUUUUAGGCUGUUUAGAAUUUGUGGGUUUAUUUUUUAUGUGAAGUCUCCCAGCAGGGUUCUUUCUAUAAUUCAAAAUUUAGCUGCAUAUGGCCUAAUCUACAGCAGCCCUAUGAAAAUUAACAACCUCAUUUGCUGCCCCACUCAGCCUUCAGAUGCUGGGUUUUGUAGCUCAACAUUCCAGGUUGCCUGUCCUUGCCUUAAGGAUAAAAUACGUUACAUUCUUUUCUGCAAUGCAACUUCCACCACUGGCUACCUGCUUCUCACAGUGAGCUGCAACACAACUGCUAGGCUAUGCCCACUCUACAUAUCUAAGCCCAGGUCUCUGAUUUCUCUUUUACAGCAGAACUUGCCAGUAGAAUAACGUACAUAUAUCUUAUUGCUCUUUUCCGAUGCACUGUUUUUCAUUUUCAGGGAAAAGCAUGAUCUUGAAAGAGCGAAAUAGUGAUGCAUUUCAAAGUAGAGGCUGUGCAAGGAACUACCUUUACUGAAAAACUGGUCAAACCACUGAUGACCCGGUGCCAGCUGAAACACUCUGACAUUUUGUAGAACAUAAUAUUCUAUGUAAGUAGGAACCUGGUCUUGUACAGUUUUGAUACAGUGUUAUAUGUAUGUCACUUACAACCUUGGGUGCUGGUGAGGGCCAGAAUUCCGUUCCAUCAGUGCCCCAAGUGGUAAAACCUUAUCACUGUAAUUUAGCUAUAUUUGGUCUCAUAUGCUAUGCACUUAAUAUUUUUCCUAUGGGCAUUUUUUUAAUUAAAAUGCUUUGUUCACUUUCAGUUGAGUUGUAUUACUUUGUAUUUCUUUUUCUGAAAUAGUUUUUGUUGUUGUCAAUAAAUCGGAAGAAGCUAAAGUUUCCAAAAGCAUGACAUCUGUAAAUAACCAUGCUGAUUUAUUUUGUAAGCUUCUUCUGAAACAUAUGUGAAGAAAAAGCUAAUUCCAGUAGGACUGGAUAUGUUAAACCUUGUCAUGUACUGUAUGAAAGAAAGCACACCUAAUAGAUUUCAUUUGUAGACACUGUACUAGUGUAAAAUAAAUGCCUCAAGUUAUUGAUGUUUAACUUAUUCUGUAUGAUGCUAAAUGGUGUAAACCUGAAUAUUGUAUAGUAUUAAAUGGGAUUCAUUUAAAUAUGGCAA